GAACGUUGAAAUGGGUUUGAAGGAACUUGAUGGAUAGAGCUAAACUGGUUUGGUGAACAAAGCUACACCAUAUUAUUUAAUACAAAAUAUCAGAAAGAAGACGGCGUUGCAGGCAGCAAGAACUGUAUCUUGCAACUCACGUGGACUCGCAUAUCAGUUGUAAUGUAACCAGUUAGUAAGCUACCUCCACACUCGUGCUUGAUCGAUUGAUGUUAAAUCUUCGCUAAAUAGUGCAACUGGGGACCAACGAUGACCUCUCUUGAUGAGAUAUAGCAACAGAAGAUCUACAACUGGACUUUUUAGAGAAUUUGGUACUAUUUAUCCUACUGGUAACCAUAUAUUUGGAUACUGCUGCCAGCUAACUACUGUAGCUAGCUAACGUUAAUUUCUUGCAACUAAUUAAUAGCUAAACGCCUUAAUUGCCACUGCAAAUUGGUGACUUGGUCGACAUACCGUGCGCUAAUCACGUGGUUACUUGUAGGUACAGACAUAGCUUUAAUGUUGCUACGUGUUUAUGUUUAUAGUCAAUGUUUUAGCUAACCAGAUAUUAUUAUUUUCUUAUAUGAAUGUCCACGUUUCCAUAUUAUUGAGAAGCAGCUAUAGUUAACUAGCUACUCCCACACUGCAAUUUGGUCUCGCACUGACGGCCUCUAAGUUAAAGUCCAGGCAGCUAGCUAGCUGAAUCGCUACUAGUACUACGUCUACCUGUCAAGAAUAGGAGGCGGUGGCAGCUGUGGUGUACAUUUCUGCCUCUUCAUUAUAGAGAUCACUGCCGAGGUGAAAUACUGCAGUUCAUGUUUCGACAAGAAGUCAGUGUACUAUCUUUUAUUCCGUCUUGUUCUUACCUUUUCCAAAACGAGAAGAGGAAUAUGUCUAGAUAUAACAUUUACAGUCUUUUAGACUGGUUGUAUGGCGGCGUGGAUCCAAAGUUUGAAGGCAACGGGGGCCCAGAAUGUGCCGCCUUUCUUGCACCCCAACAACGUAUCGGCGAGAGUUUUGUCAUGGUUCUGAUUUCCAUCGUGGAAGUUGCGGUCGCACUGAGAAAAAUCAACAUUUCUAAAGAACUCAAAGAGAUCGCGAAAGAUGGUCCAAGGACAAAAGACGACAGUUUGGGCAAGAACCUGUUGCUGGUUGCUCUGUGUAUGACGUUUGGAGUGGAGGUUGGAUUCAAAUUCGCCACCAAGACAGUGAUAUACCUACUGAAUCCUUGUCAUGUUAUGACCAUGCUGCAGAUCUUCUUGCUGGCCUGUCCGCCAUGUAAAACAGCCAUGGUCCUCUUUAGGCUUCAGGUCCAUAUGCUGAACGGUGCCCUACUGGCACUCGUCUUCCCUGUGGUCAACACUAGGCUGCUUCCAUUUGAGAAGGAGGUCUACUACAUUCAGCAUUCCAUGCUCUACCUGGUGCCUGUAUACCUCUUCAGGAAAGGAGGCGUGUACAAGCCGGAGCCCCUGGGGGACAUGUGGUGGGCUAUCCUCUCCACUGGCAUCCUGUUCCUUUAUCACUUCCUGUUCCUGCAGGGCCUGGGCCUGAUGACAGAGGUCAACCUCAACAACAUGCUGUGUCCAGCAGUGUCCGACCCAUUUUACGGGCCUUGGUACCGGGUUUGGGCUGCGGGUCACCAGACCCUGUUGACCCUGGUCCAUGGGAAGGCCCUGACCCUCCUCUCCCACCACACCGGCCCCACCUGCAGGUACCUGCUGGACACCGCCAGACUGCGUAGCAAGAAGAUUGACUGAACGUUCACACACACAUACAGAGACUCACACGAACGUAGCCUUUUUCAAUCCAAAUGCCUGUUCUUAUGUUGGGAUUUUCUAUCCACAUUUUUUAUGCAUCUUGUACCACUUGUACCAUAUUUAUUUUUACUGUAAAGAUAUAAGCAUUUCAGGUCAUACCAGUCCGCAUACCGGGGUGGGGGUGGGGGGGCUUGACUUUUUUUGGCGCCGUUGUUUUGAAGCGCCAUCACCAUGAACAUAAAAUAAAUUAACUUGUUCCAGCAGCGUACAUAUUUGAUAAAAAUAGGGUAGAAAUGGCUUAUUUGAUCAAUAUUACUUACCAAGCCAAGCACACAGACCUGGCGCCAGGACAGCCUUAAAGUGACUAAGCGGGGCAGUUGAAAUCGGUGAGGGGGCACCAUUUUUGGGGGUUCUUGCAUUGGAAUUAUAUUUAAUUAUUAUUUUAGCGAAAUCUCCGCUGUGCUCUAUCAGCACCAUGUAAAGCGCCCUACACACUAAGCAAUCCCGCUUUGGCAAUGAACAUGUAUUUGCCAUUCCAUAAAACCAACCAGCUAGAUUGUUUCUUACCUUUUCAGAAGAGUUGCAGCCUCCUUGAUGCUCUGUGGAACUUCCUGAGUAAUCGAUCAUUCCAUUCUCCCUGAAAUCUUCUUGUAAGAUCCCCCUCAAAUGCCAGUUGGAUUAGUUGAGCUUUCCUUGGGUGUAGCAUGCUUCAUCUGUGCUGACUGAACACAUUUGUCAAAGUGGAAAAUGGGUUCUUGCCAGUUGCCUAUCAUUAACAAGUGUUGACACCUCAGUUCCCAUAGCACUUAAAACUUUAUUUUCUUUCCACAUUCCUAGCGAAUCCUUUGGUUCUAUCAAUAGCAUGCUUCCAGUUAGAAUACCCGCUUUGGGUGAAGGCCUUGUCUGCGUUAGCAUUGGACCCAAUACAGAACUUUUGACAUGGGAACCGAAAUGCUGCAUCUGUAAUAACCGAGUAUUGCAGCCACUCUCAUCCUUUGAAACAGUUGCUAUUAAUUGAACGUUUUUGGACAGAAAGCCUGCAGCUAGAGUAGGAUUCUAGGCUAACCUGGGCUGGCUUCUCUGUUCCAAGAUCAUCAGGAACAGGUGGAGGGGGCUGUGGAGCCAUUAUCCUGGUGGCACUUGUGGAAGGGGGAGUAGGCUCUUCAAGCGGAGCAUCAUCGCUGCUGUGCUUGGCGGCGGCGGCCUCUGGUUUCGUUUCUGAUAUCCAUCGUGGCAGUGGCAGAUUAUCUGGUUAGCGCUAAAUAGGCUAAUAACAUUAACACCUUUUACAACUAGCAAAGAAGCUAACUAAACUAUGUAGUGGUGGGGCUUUAACUGCAAACUUGACCCCUUCCUUAUAAAUCUAAAUCAAAUAUUACAGGUGGAGGCAUAUCACGUUAUUUACCUAGCCUACCACAGAUGAGAAGCGUUUUUUCUCGCUUUUUAUGGAAACCCAAAGGAGUCAUACCUAACCGCCAAGUGGCUUUCCAUAGCCCACCUACACACACACACUCUGCGUUGCGCACAGCGCAGCGGAGAUAGAGAUUUUGCGCCAACCUGUCACUCAAUUUGAACUUUCUUGCUAUUUUUAUAUAGAGACAUAAAACGGAAGUGGCACAAGUUUCAACUGAGGGGGCUAAGCCUCCUUUUGCCCCUUCGUGGAGCCAGGCCCGUAAGCAGAGGUGUUUUAUGGAGAUGCAAAAUGCAAUCUGUUAAUCAUUAUAUCAUAUAUAAAAUGGACAUGUAUACAUUUAAACACAGACGAACUCAAAACAUUAAUCAUUAAAAAUUAUCGAAUGGAUCAUAAUUUUCUGGUAAAAAAGUGGGGGUGUAAAAACGUAUGUUUUCACCUCUAUUUUGAAAGUGGGGGUGUAAAAACGUAUGUUUGCACCUCUAUUUUGAAAGUGGGGGUGUAAAAACGUAUGUUUGCACCUCUAUUUUGAAAGUGGGGGUGUAAAAACGUAUGUUUUCACCUCUAUUUUGAAAGUGGGGGUGCAGCUGCUCCAUUGCUCAGGCGUCUAUACGCACAAUGGGAAAGACUUCUGGAGUUGGUAGUUAUUGAUGUGGGGCUGGCCGGGGGAAAUUUGCCUUUGUUUCUUCUUUUUGGUCAGAUUUUCUGAAUAAGAGUUCAUUUUUAUUUCUAAAGUAGCCUUUUGUAGUUAUGUUCAGUAAAACAUUUUUUAGAGCUCUCUCUCAGAUGUCACUGAACUGUCAUUGUUACUGUACACUUUAAACUCUUCAUUUGGGCUUGCCAUGCCAGUUGGCCCGGAUAUGGGUCAAGUUGCCAUUUUGUGUUUGUAACAUUUUAUCUGUGACAUGGUUAAUCCAUUGUAAAACCCAUCACUUUAUGAUUGUUUAAUUGAGUAACAGUUGUCAUGAUAUCUGUGGUCAGAUAGCCUCGGUCACAGCCUCUUCAAUGACUGACAAGGAGAAACCUGUUCCUCACAUGUUCUCCUUUGCUGGACCAAGUGGUAUAUAUGAAAAAGGCUCCCGCUUCUUUAUCCCAUCUCUCCAUCACUGAUUUUACAAAACUGCAGAGGUGAUAGUCUCUGAAAAGGCCCCCUACAUCAUAAUUCUAAGACUGUUUUCUGGCCUAUCAGAUUAUUAUUAUGGAGGAGAAAUGACAGGUAAGUAUCUUGAAGUAGGUAUUUAGGUGCAGGACGGAGGAACGAUGUCCUGUGCCUGUUGAGAGAUACAGGGAUCUUAGAGGAAGAGAUGGCCUUGAGAUUAUUCAUAAAAUAUAUAUCUUUUUUUAAUCAUGGGGCAUUUUCAGUGGGGCACAACUAUCAAGGUUGCAGAUGAAACUAUAAUGUUGAUUAUUCUCUAUUACAUGAGAUUGUGAACCAGGCCUGUUCUUUACUUUGCAAUUCAGUCUACAUUCUGAGUGUUGUGCCCCAGGUUAUUUCAGGGGCAUCCCAAUUUCAGUCCAUAUCAUGUACCCCAAUAUACAUGUUCUAUAUAAAUGAUCACAUAGUGUAUCUGUUUAUUGAUAACCUGCAUAGCUCUACUUUGGGACAGUCAUUGGGAACUCCUGUUAUAAGGGAAGGAUUACAUCCCGUUGACAAGGUGUUAAGUACCAUUUCCUAUUCCCCAUCACUUCGAUCAUUGGAUCGCUCCCAUUUUGUAAUGAGGGAUUCUUGUGUUACUUUACAAGUACACAUUUCAAAAACAAGGGAUAUGGUUUACAUUUGUACACUUUGUUUUUUUUCUUCUGGGGGAAUGUACACUGUUGUAUUGACAAUAAAAGUGAUUUCUGCCCUUAAA